AGUCUUUUCACACCAGCAGGGACACUGUUCACCCACUGAGAGACACUCACCAUGGCUUCAGCACUGAAUUGCACACACUUUUUGAUGUGUUUUAUUUAUUUAUCGUUACUGUUUGCCACCGUAUUUUGCGACACUGAUGAAGAAGAAGAUGAGCAUGCCAAGCACUCGUACACGGUGGAUAUGUUCAACGAGGCGGUGCCCACUGCACCCCACUUUGUCAUGUUUUAUGCCCCAUGGUGUGGCCAUUGCCAGAGGUUACAACCUGCUUGGAAUGAACUAGCAGACAAGUACAACGGCAUGGAUGACCCACCCGUGUAUGUGGUUAAAGUUGACUGCGUGCAGGACACAAAGUUUUGCUCUAAUAACCACGGGGUUAGGGGCUACCCCACGCUGAAGUUGUUCAGGCCAGACCAGGAGGCAGUUAAGUACCAGGGUCCCAGAGACCUCCAGUCUCUGGAGACCUGGAUGCUCAAGACACUCCAGGAGGAGCCUUCGGAACCUGAGAGUGAACAGGAGCCUCCUAAAGCCCCAGAGCCCAAACAGGGCAUGUAUGAGCUGACUGCGCCCACAUUUAAGGCCCACAUAGCUAAAGGGGCCCAUUUUGUUAAAUUCUUUGCCCCAUGGUGCGGUCACUGCAAAGCCAUGGCCCCAACCUGGGAGCAGCUGGCCACCACCUUUGAGCACUCUGAUGAUGUCAAGAUAGGAAAGGUUGACUGUACACAGCACUAUGAGGUGUGCUCUGAUAAUGGCGUACGGGGAUAUCCCACACUCCUCUUCUUCAACAAUGGACAGAAGACUGAACAGUACAAAGGAAAACGAGACCUGGACUCUUUCAAAGACUUUGUGGACAACCAGGUGAAGGCUGCAGCCACUGAGGAGGAGGAACCGAGCGAUGAACAAAAACCCAAUGAGAUCCCCACUGAAGAGCCAGCCAAAGAAGAGUCGAGUGUGUUGACCCUGACAGAAAACAACUUUGAUGCAGCCGUAGCUAAAGGCUUCACCUUUAUCAAGUUCUACGCUCCAUGGUGUGGACACUGUAAAAACCUCGCUCCGACAUGGGACGACCUCUCUAAGAAGGAGUUUCCCGGCCUCACUGAUGUCAAGAUCGCCAAAGUGGACUGCACUGUUGAGCGCACGCUCUGCAACAAGUACUCUGUUCGAGGCUACCCAACCUUGAUCAUCUUCAGGGCCGGGGUGCAGGGUGACGAGCAUCAUGGAGGACGGGACCUGGAGAGUCUGCACGGCUUUGUGAUGAAGCAGGCCAGAGACGAGCUGUAGAAGUGGUCAAAAACACCGCUCGAAUCUCCACCACUUUGUUCGCCCACACUGCGCAACUGGCCAGUAGGACCCCACUCUCUCUCUCUCUCCUACAGUAGCCAAACCUCUCUCUAUAUCUCUCCACUCGGGUUCUCUUCACAAAGGAGCCAGUGACAGACUGCUGCAGUCUGAUCUUUCUCUGGUGUUUAAGGACAAAAUGGUUCAGUAGAAGGUUUUGGAUGGGAAUGUAUUUCUUAUGCAGUUAAGCAACCCAGGCUUCUGGUUGGAUCUGUAAAUGAAGUGAUAUGUCUGACAACCACUUUGAAAGCACUGCUAAAACAAUCAGAUCUGGAAUUCCUCACACUUGUGUUUCUUAUUAAAAGGGUUGACAUUAGAGGACAGUGUCUGCUGUUAACAAUGAUUUGUUUCUGAUGAACUUCUGUAGCCAUUUCACUUCUUUUAAACGCUAUAUUUUUUACAUGGGAUCUGUUGUUUAAUCGUAAGCCAUUUGUGUUUCGGUACUGUGAUUUUGUGAGCCAAAUGUGAGUGUUAAGUUGAGGGUACUUUUUAUCCAUGUCAGCAACAGUCUGUCUGACUUAACUCUCAGGGAAUUGCCCUCCCAGAUCAUUGUCAUCACAGGAGUCUGAAAGUGGACACGACUAUUUUCUCUUGAAGAAGAAGAUUUUCAGCUUUUUUGAAAUAAAAAAAACUAAACAUCACAAUUGUGUGUCUUAUCCAUUUUCUGACUCCUGCGUUUCACAAUCAACCAUCCUUAUAAUAUUCAGGGUCCUAGGCGUGGACUGUGUGCCCCAUCUCUCUCUUUCUGGACAACUUAGGAGUUUCUACUUCUUCUCUUUAACUGGUUUAGUUUUAUUCAGAAACAAAUCUUAGACCCAGCUCAUCCAAUACAACCACGUGGAAAGUGUUUUGUUUUUUAAUCUGGACCUUUAAGAUAUUCAUUUAAAUAUGAAUGUGUGCUACGUUUUACAGGUCAGGUCCCUCUUCACAGGGUUGUAGAACUACAAAGUGGAGAAGAGCUGUUAACGGUGUAACAAAGAAGUGUAAGUUUAGGAUCUUGUACAAAAGAAAUCGAGCCCAUUCACUGCUAAUCUUUUUGAUGAAGGGUAGGUUUCAUCUGAACUUUAAGAGCCUCUCCUCUGUGGUUGGACAUUUUUCUAUGACUUAGGAGGCUAAAACUAAACAGCUCAGGGUCAGAAUGGGUAGAUAUAUCAACUUUCUGUUGGGUUGUUAUCAUUUGCUUUCCCUUAGCCCAUCAAAUACUUCUACAUGUACUAUUCUAUGAAAGGUUACAACUCUGCUAGGUGAUGUGAGGGUUCAGAGUCUCACUUAUCAGUAGAAUGAGCAGGAAGAAGUAUCACUAUUUACCAAAUAUAUCCAAAUUUAACAUGUCUUUUGUGUUUCCCAACCUACUGUGACCACUAGUGAGGUGAAUUAUAACAGAAAUGUUUUGUAGGCUACGUGUACAAAUCUAACAGUCAAAAGCCAAGAAGAUGUUCUACACUGCAUACUGUUGAUGAUUUUAUUUUCAGUCUUGCUAACAUUUGUUCUGUUCAGCUUACGUAUCUGUGUCUGACUGUUACCUCAUCCACUUGCUAAGCCAGGCCCUUUCAAAGGCAAAUGACCUCUGACCCCGGUUAUGUCAGAGUGCUUCAUCAUGUGGGGGCACCAUCUAUAGUCACACCGAGGAACAUAAACAGAGACACAGCACUUUUUGUCAGUAAAAGUUUUUAUGGAUAGCACAUGGUCUAAGGAACUCCAGUGACAGAAGUAUUACUUUCCUGUUUUUUCCUUGUUAGACAUGGGCUGUGCACUACCCAUGCAUUUUGUACAAAAAGAAGGAAUAAUGGCAAAUUGUAACAUGAGAUUUCAUAAUAAAACAUUUUUCAAAAAUAA